ACUGUCAAAGUCAAAUCAUUGAAUCAUGGAAUGAGUCCAUCCGUAGCAUUUUUUUAUAAAUUUAACACAUAAUUUAAAUAAAAUUAGUUUUCUUUUCGUGUUAACAAUAUAUGACGAAAAAAACUAAGGUACUGGAAUUAUACACGUUUAAAUACAGUAGUUGUACCUCAAAACAUGGAAGAUAUAUUUCAGUGGUGCAGGGAAGGAAAUGCCUUACAAGUACGAGUUUGGUUGGAUGAUACUGAACAUGAUAUGAAUCAGGGAGAUGACCAUGGCUUCAGCCCUUUACACUGGGCCUGUAAAGAAGGUCACAUUAAGAUUGUUGAGAUGCUUAUUAGAAGAGGUGCUCGGAUUAAUGUUACAAACAUGGGGGAUGACACACCAUUACAUCUAGCUGCUGCUCAUGGACAUAGACCUAUUGUACAAUUGCUGUUACAAAAUAGGGUGGAUGUAAAUUUCACAAAUGAACAUGGCAACUCUCCAUUGCAUUAUGCCUGUUUUUGGGGCUACAGUGCCAUUGCUGAAGACUUGGUGAUUGCGGGAGCAUUGGUCUCAUUGGCCAAUAAGGAUGGUGACACACCACUUGAUAAGACCAAGGGUCAACUUGUUCAAAGAUUACAUGAAAUGGCAGUUAAUCAAGGUCAGGAUUUAAAGAAGAUUCAGUUCAAGGACCAAUCCUGGUUGGGUCUCAAGACUAGGAGUCGGGAUGCUACCCUCUCCCGACACAAAGGAAUUAAUAUAAACGAACUCGCCUUACAUACGCGCAUUGCUGUUACUCCCUCUGGUGAAACUUGGCGCGGUCGUUGGCAGAAGAAUGAUAUAGUUGCGAAGAUAAUCGCUGUAAGGGAAUGUACGCCCCGCGUGCAGCGAGACUUCAAUGAAGAAUUCCCCAAACUCAGGAUAUUUUCUCACCCGAACAUAUUGCCUGUUGUGGGAUGCUGCGUCUCUCCCCCAUCUUUGGUGGUAAUAUCUCAAUACAUGUCUUGGGGCUCACUCUAUUCUCUUCUUCACGGUGGUGCCGGGGGCCGCGUAGUAGUAGACGCAGCCGCCGCCUUGCGUCUGGCGAGAGAUGUGGCCGCCGGGCUUGCCUAUCUCCACUCCUUGCAAAGGGACCGGAUUCUGCCCACUUACCAUCUUAACAGCAAGCAUGUUAUGAUCGACGAAGACCUUACGGCCCGUAUAAACAUGGCGGACUCGAAAUUCUCGUUCCAAGAGAAGGGUCGCGUGUAUGCCCCAGCCUGGAUGGCCCCCGAGGCCCUGCAGAAGCCCAGCGCCAAGAGGAACUGGGAGGCCGCUGAUAUGUGGAGUUUCGCCGUCUUAUUGUGGGAGCUGGCCACAAGAGAGAUUCCAUUCGCCGAUCUCUCCCCAAUGGAGUGUGGCAUGAAGAUAGCCCUCGAAGGUCUGCGUGUGAGCAUUCCACCUGGUAUUUCGCCCCAUAUUUCGAAAUUGAUUAAGAUCUGCAUGAAUGAAGAUCCCGGUAAGCGACCAUCGUUCGAAAUGAUCUUGCCCAUUUUGGAGAAAAUGAAACGUUAACCUGCUGAAUAUGACGAUUCAUAAGAAGUUUUAUAGAAUAAGAGAAACAGAUAUGACACUACAUAAUGUUAUAUGAUACCAAGGUACAAAUACAUACACACUGAGAAAAUGCACAAAUAUUAAUUUAUGGGCUACAUAUAAAAAUGUCAGUGUUUAAUGGUUUUUGCAUCUAUGUUAUCUUUAAUUAUAACCAUUUUUAUAUUUAGCCAUUUUGACAUUGAAACUAAGAAGACUUACAGUAAAACCCUAUUUAGGAUCGUACGAUCUACCCUCAUAAAGUUGUUGACUUAUUGAUAUUUUUUUUAUUUGACUCAGGAGGUAUUUUACCUGUUAUAUCUAAAAAUACCUGCAUUAGAAUUGUUAAUUUGUGGGUAAAACAAAAAAAAAUGUUUUAAUAAUGUUGUGAUAGAAAAUCUCACAAUAUAACAAAAAUUAAACCAAUUGUAAGUAAAUGUGACUAACUCUUUAAUUAUAUAUAAUUUAACGUUCAAUGAGAUUCAGAUUUUAGUCAAAAGUAUGUAAACAAUAUAUAGAAGUACCAAUAAUUAUCUUUUGCCACAUUACUAGAAAAAUUACCUGUUUCUUAAUUGUGCUCGAUAAAUUAAUCUCUUAUACCAACGAUUUUAGUUUUUAAUUAUAAUGUUCUAUAGUGCCAUUGCUUUGUAGGCAGUACAAAAAUAUUAUUCAUCUGUAAUAUACUGUUUUGUUUAUAAGAAAAUAAUAGUCUCAAAAAAUUGGAAUGGUAUAUAAUUUAAAAAUAAUAGUGGAAUAUAUUAAUGUGUUUGAAGUUCAUAUUUUUUUAAUGGCAAUAGUUUUUACUUUAUAAAAUACAUUUUUUUUAAUUUAAUUGUUAUUCAAUCAAAUUCAUUAAAUUAUAGCUUGUUUUUAAUCUGUUUUCUUUUGUCAAAAUUGUCUAUCUAAAGUCAGUCAAACUUCCCGCGCUU